AUGAAGAGAGAGGGUCGCCAGCACGGGAUGGUCCGGACUUACCGGGUCCUACCCGACCCAUUGAACCCAAGACCAGAAACCCGACACGUGAACAGGUUUGAUUCACCUCCUACAGCCGGGUUGUUUACCAAGGUGGCCACCAAGCCUACCAACCACUCCAAGUUCACGGGUAAGUGCGGCAAGCCCAGGUGCACCGAGUGUCACAUCCACCCGGCUUCUAAGGCCAAGGACAAGACCAAAGGGAACCACAAGCUCAAGUCAUCCGACGUCUUAUCCAAUCAUCGUUUGGUCACUUGGCGGGUUGUGGACAGCCGGCCCAACUCGAAUUUUUCUGGGUUUUCUGCCACGGGGAUUUUGGAUCAUCUGUCUACUAGAGAUUAUGAUAACAACGAUGAUGAUGAAGAAGAUGAUGAAAUCAAUGGUUAUGCAAGUAGAGCCUAUGAUAAUAGAAAUGAUCAUGAUGUGAGGGUGGAUUUUGAUGAGGUUGAGGAAGAUGGUAAUUAUGAAGAGAUGGGUUUCUUUAAUGUGGAGUAUGUGAUUGAUCCAAUUGAGGAAGAUGAAGGUUGGUGUUUAGUGCCACAAACGUGA